CAAACUUAACUCCAUCAUCCUUCUUCUUCAUCUCCUGUUUUUCAUCACAGUGGACUUUCCUCUCUCUCUCUCUCUCUCUCUCUCUCUCUCCUCCCCAAAAAUGGGGCUCUCUUUCAGCAGCAAUCGAAGACGAAACAACCACACCACCAAUCCCUACUACCAAAACCCUCCGCCUCCUCCUCCCCCUCCGCCUCCUCCUCAGCCCCACUACCUCUCCAACUCUCCCUUCUACUCCGACCCACCUUCCUACUCUCCUCCUCCGCCGCCGCAAGGCCCUUCUUUCUCCUCCUCCUCCUCCUCCUCCGCCGCCGCCUACCCAGACCAACCCAAUUCCGCCACCCCUUACCCCGCCCCCAGGUCCGCCUACCCUCUUCCUCUUCCUCUUCCUCCGCUGCCGCAGCAGGGCCACUACUGCUACGGGCAGUACAAUUCUUGCAGCCAUGCCAAUCCCAUGAUGGGGAGGUUUAGCUACGGCCAGAAUUACCAGCCGUACUAUGGGAAUCAGGCCAGUGGGUGGCCGGCGAUGCGACCUCCGGUGCAGGCGCCGGUGCCGUACGUGGAGCACCAGAAUGCCAAGAAGGUGAAGAAUGAUGUGAAUGUGCAUAAGGGAACUUUGAAGGUGGAGAUUGAUGAGGACAAUCCUGAUCAGCAUUUGGUUUCUUUCGUUUUCGAUGCCUUGUAUGAUGGAAGCAUUACUAUUCUCUACUUUGCCAAGGAAGAGGCAGAUUGUAGAUUUAUUCCUCUAUUUCCUGAAGCAUUUACAUCGGUGGUAGUUCCCUUCCAGAAGGGAGUAGGCCAGAAAUUUCGUCAACCCUCUGGAACAGGCAUUGAUUUAGGCUUCUUUGAGUUGGAUGAUCUUUCAAAACCCUCACCUGGAGAAGACAUAUUCCCACUUGUAAUAUCUGCUGAAUCUUCGCCGCCUGACUCAGUUGAUCAUAUUGGUGAGCCUGUCUCAGAUGCACCUCCUCGUAUGCAAAUUACUCAAGCUGUCCUAGAAAAGAAUAGUGGUGAACCUUUCCAAGUGAAAGUGAUUAAGCAAAUACUAUGGAUUGAUGAAGUUCGCUAUGAGCUACGUGAGAUAUAUGGGAUUGCAACCUCAGCAGUGGAAGGCUUUGAUGACAAUGACCCUGGGAAGGAGUGUGUAAUUUGCAUGACCGAACCAAAAGAUACUGCUGUUUUACCUUGUCGACAUAUGUGUAUGUGCAGCGACUGUGCAAAGGAAUUGAGGAUUCAAUCCAAUAAAUGCCCCAUUUGCCGUCAACCCAUUGAAGAACUUAUAGAGAUAAAGAUGAAUAAAAGCUAGCUAUGAACUUGUUUUCUCCAUUAUGUGGAUGUUGCGCUUGCAAUUAGAUAUGGAAAACUUUCCAGCUGCCUUGCCUGCCAUUAUACAACAAGGUCUUCAGGUUUACGGUUUGGAAUCAAAAGCUUUCAUUUCCCUGCCCUUUUAUUUUCUUUAUAUCGAGUAUGAUGAACAUUCUAGAUGUUGGGGCUUCUAGAGAGACAAAAGCACAGGGAAGCAUCU